AUGGAUAAGACAACGAAAAAUACGGUAAUGUUCAAUAGUUUUUUUCGAUGUUUCGUCGAUGACUUUGCUCUACCUUUAAGGUUAGGAAAUUAUAAAACAAGAAAGCCGCCAAUUGAUAAUUCUCUUUCACUUUCGAAAAGUCAUACGAACACCAUUCAAAAUUUAAGAAUUCCCGAUAAAAGACAUGGAAUAUGACUCAUAAGGGUUUCGGUUUCUUUAAAAUAUCAUUCCCCUGAAGAAAUGGAUCAUUUGUUGUAGGUUUGUUAUGAUUUAUAUGUUAUUAGAAUACUUGUAGCUUCUACUGUACGGAACCGGCAGUGAGACCCCGGAAGCUAAUGAAAAUACUGUAUGGCAAUAUAUGUCUCUCUGGAGUGCGUCUUUGUAACUGAAUGUUUCACGUUUUUCAGAAUCUAUUCCAUGUUACAUGCCAAUGUACCGAGGGUCCAGCACUUAGUGACAGAGGAACACGCUGCCAGCGUUGUGGAAAGAUGGCUUAUGAAAGUGAAGAAAAUUCGCAGCUCGAACAUGCUAGGGAAAUCGAUAGUUCCGCUACGACCGUUUAUCAUUCACAAUUGCUUGCAAGUGGCUUACCAUCUCUACCUGCCGAGUCAGACCCGUCUGGCGAGGGUAACAACUGUGCGAUUGGCGAAGGAGUUAAUGUUUCGGAUCAACAUGGUCACUCAUCUGCGGAAAAGAGUCCCGUCCACAGUAAGUCACGAAUGAACGAAUAACAACAUUCCCCCAGAAUAGCAACAUUUAUUAAAUUUAAAAAUCUCCAAACAUCUCUGAAUGAAUUCGUUACAAUAUCAUGAGAGGCAACGAUAAGCGUGGUGGUAAGAAUAAUAACAACAGUAUUGUGUUUUGUCUAUAGCAGCAUUUGAACAAAUGUCGUGCUCGAAAUGAUACACAUUCAAUAUACUUAGUUUGCACUUACCUGUGAGUAAUGUCGUAGUUACGUCGAUGCUACUGUUUCUCUAACAUGUUCAGUCCGCCGUAAAAAAAAAACUAUUAAAAUGUACAUUCGUAAUUACGUGAAAUGCUUAAAGCUAUUCGUCCUUCAUUUCGAGGAUAAAGCCGGUUUUUUAGCGCCUAAGUUGACGGAAUAUUUCUAGAAUACAUCUUUGGUUUAUUUUAUUUUAGAUGAGGGUAAGAUCAUAGAGGUGAGGUCUACUCUGUCAAUACUGUGCCAAGAGCUAUGCUUAAUUCUUUUACCUGUCAUGGUCAGCUCUCAUUAUCUUUUCUACAGGUCAAACAGGUCCAUCAGUACAAAUACCAUGUGAAGGAACACAAUUCACUUUCUUCAUCUUAGUUCAAGAACAUCCUGCAAUAAAUGAACAAUGGUUCGGGGUACACUUUGUGCCUACAGAACGUUUUGAGCAGGUAGGAUUGAUCAUUGUUUCCAUGAUAAUGUGAUAACAUUAAUUUAACGCGUUUUCCUUUUUUUGACCAGGUUAACUUACUGGCUUCUUGGGAAAAUCGUAGACUUGUUUAUACCUACACUUGAGGUUUCAGGUAUAAAACUGAGAUCCCAUGCAAGGGUCACCAUUAUAUAAGAUAUCAAGCCUCGAGAAUACAGCGGACCGUCCUCGACUAUGGGUUGCUGUAAAUUUGUGACGCUAAUGUGUUUAACUCCAAAUUUAGAGUGAAUAUUUCAAAAACAAUAUAAUGUAAUAACUUCGUAAAACCGUGAUCAUCAUUUACUGAUUUAGUAUUUCUAUUUAUUCUUUGUAAAAAAAACCGGAACCUACAAAGAAAGGAAGUUUUAAGUAAAGUAAGUAAUUACUUUUCUUUCCAUUUUAGGGACGAAUUUCUAACCUGAUUAAGACGAUGCAGGAUCAACAACGCAUCAGGAUAGUCUGUAUGGGGGAUGAAUAUUUAUCCCAGGUCGAAAGUGGAUAUUUUCACACUGUGUUUAUCGACACCGAUGUACAUUCUACAAUCACUUUUGAGUUGGUGAAGGAAAUAAAAUUUAGAAUAAGGGAUGUUCAAACAGCUUGCAAGGUAAGACCCUGCAACUGGUGAUUGUUUUGUUACGGUUAAGGUGGGAAGGGCAAAAGAAACGGUUAACUGUAAAGGAUUUUUCAGAAAUUGUGUUGUUCUUUUGUAACUGCUAUUUACGUUGAAAAAUAUUUUUUUUCCUUGGUUUGACUUAACAUAUCUGACACAUACACAACUGUUUCUAUCACAGGUUCCUUUGCACAGACUUUAUGCGCUAAGCCAGGAUAGAUUGCCUAGUGCCAUAGCCAGGGUGUUUGUAGAGUGCCUUGCUGAUAUCAAUGAAACUUGUCAAGACCAUUUGAGGAUGACUUUGAAGUAUGGGAACGUCAUUCGCCCGAUGGUUAUUCCAAUUUGGGUAAAUUUGAUCCAUUUUAUCAGCCAAUUUUCUUAA